AUGCUGAGCCGAAAACAAACCGGAACGGCGGUCAUCGACAUGGUUGAAGGAAACUUAUUCGAUCCUGAGAAGUAUUCCUGGAACGAGUUGCGUGGACUGGUCAAGCGCUAUGCGAAUGCUUUGAGAGCCUCAGAUGCCGUGAAAGGUGAUAUCGUUGCAUUGGUGGGAGGCAACUGUGUAAGAUCUCUCGCGUUGCUGCUGGCCACCACUGCCAUCGGAGUUGUGUUUUCAUCAUUUGCGACGGAUAUUGGAGAGAAGGCUCUUGACGAUCGACUUGGUGUGCUCCGGCCACGCUUCGUCUUUGCAGAGUCUGGGUAUUCUUACAACGGGAAGACUAUCGAUAUAUCAAGAAAGAUCUCUUCGGCAUACGCAAAUCUGCGGCAGCAAGGGAAAUGCGAGCUUGUGGUUAUUGGGCCAACGGAAUCCGUCCAGGGAACACCGACAUCGUUCGAUGACUUCAUAAAUCGGGGGGAAGGGGCGGAGUUGGUCUAUGAACAGCUUCCAUUCGAAAGUCCAGCCGUGGUUAUGUUUUCUUCAGGAACAACGGGAGUUCCAAAGGGAAUUGUGCAUUCGCAUGGUGGCCUGUUGAUGGUGGGACUGAAAGAAUAUGUGCUCCAUAACAACCUGGGUCCUGAAGACGUGCAUUUUCACUUCUCUGGUAUCGGCUGGACGCUGUGGAAUAUAUCAAUCGGGGCAUUGUUUACGGGUUCAACGCUGGUUUUAUAUGACGGCAGCCCCUUUUACCCCUCUCCAGAACGCUUUCUCGAGGGCGUCUUCGCCCAGGGGCUCACAUCCUUCGGGGCAGGACCGCGAUAUUAUUCCGAGUUGCAGAAACGCAACAUAAAGCCGUAUGAUCUCAAAAUUCUUCCACCUAAAUUACACACGAUACUCUCAACAGGAGCGCUGUUGACACCGGCACUCGCAACUUGGCUUGUCUCCGCCUUCGGGGCCGAGAACAACAUCUGUCAACUGUCUAUGUCAGGCGGAACGGAGCUCUGUGGUUCCUUCUUGCAUGGGACAAGAUCACUUCCAUCUUACCCCGGCGAGCUGGCUGUAAAAUCUCUGGGUAUGGAUGUGGCAGUGUAUUCAGCUGAGGGCACAGAAUUGCCAGAUGGAGAGAGUGGGGAGUUGGUCUGCAGGAAGCCAUUUCCCAACAUGCCAGCCAUGUUUUUGAACGAUGAGAAGAGGGAGAGGUACUAUAAUUCGUACUUUUCGAAUUUCCCGCACGUGUGGACGCAUGGAGAUUUCAUCCAGGUAAAUCCCGAGACGAGAGGGAUCUACGUCUUGGGCCGAAGCGAUGGCGUCCUCAACCCAUCCGGCAUCCGCUUCGGUAGUUCCGAAAUCUACAACAUCACAUCCAUGCCACAAUUCACCUCUUCAAUCCUCGAUGCGAUCGUCGUCGGUCAACAGCGCGUAAAGCCUCCCAUGUAUUCGGACCCGACCGAAAGCGUGGUGCUGUUCAUUAGAUGCACUCCCUCCGCUAGCAGCGGCACGCUCACUCCCAAUCCCAAACUCGUCAAACAGCUCAAUGACGCCAUCGCUAAAGACCUCACUCGCAGACACGUGCCCGCUUACAUCUUCGAGGCUCCCGAGAUCCCUUACAACGCCAACGGGAAGAAGUUGGAGAUCCAGCUCAAGGCCGUCCUGUGCGGUGGUCGCGAGGCGCUGGAAAAACUCAAGACCACCAAGGAGGAAAAGGCGCUGCUGGUCUGGUAUGUGAAGUUCUUCGAGGUAGAGAAGAUCGUGAAGGAGCAGGAGGGACGACGUGGUGCGAAGUUGUAA